AUAAAUUGCCAUCUGAAGUGAGGCUGGGCCGGAGAGCUGCUGGGACGCUGCCGCUGGGUUGAGCGCUCCUCUGUCGGAACCAUAGGGAUCUCUGUGUCAACUUCUAAUAGCAGUAGUCUUCCCCAAGGCCCAACGCAACAGGGAACAGCCAUGCCUUUCGGAAACACGCACAACCAGGCCAAGCUGAAGUUCUCCUCCGAGCAGGAGUACCCGGACCUCAGCAAACACAACAACCACAUGGCCAAGGUCCUGACUCCGGCCAUAUACGAGCGGCUGAGGAGCAAAGAGACGCCCAGUGGGUUUACGCUGGAUGACGUCAUCCAGACCGGGGUGGACAACCCAGGCCACCCAUUUAUUAUGACCGUGGGCUGUGUGGCUGGCGACGAGGAGACAUACGAGGUUUUCAAAGAGCUGCUGGACCCUGUGAUCGAGGCCAGACAUGGAGGAUACAAACCCACAGACAAGCACAAGACGGACCUGAACUCAGGAAACCUGAAGGGCGGCGACGACCUGGACCCUGAUUAUGUUCUGAGCUCCCGGGUCAGAACAGGACGCAGCAUCCGUGGCUUCUGCCUGCCGCCACACUGCAGCCGUGGAGAGAGGCGGGCUGUGGAGAAGCUCUCUGUUGAAGCUCUGGCCUCUCUGAGCGGUGACCUGAAAGGCAAAUACUACGCCCUGAAGAACAUGACGGAUGCAGAGCAGCAGCAGCUCAUCGACGACCACUUCCUCUUUGACAAGCCAGUGUCUCCUCUCCUGCUGGCCUCAGGAAUGGCCCGUGACUGGCCAGACGGCAGGGGAAUCUGGCACAACGACAACAAGACCUUCCUGGUCUGGGUGAACGAGGAGGACCACCUGCGUGUGAUUUCCAUGCAGAAAGGCGGCAACAUGAAGGAGGUGUUCGAUCGCUUCUGCACGGGUCUCACCAAGAUCGAGACCCUGUUCAAGGAGCGGGGCCACGCUUUCAUGUGGAAUGAGCAUCUGGGUUACGUUCUCACCUGCCCCUCCAACCUGGGCACCGGUCUGCGCGCAGGAGUACACGUAAAGCUGCCAAACAUGAGCAAAAACCCCAAGUUUGAGGAGGUUCUGACCAAGCUGAGGCUCCAGAAACGCGGGACUGGCGGCGUCGACACCGCGGCCGUCGGCGGAGUCUUUGACAUCUCCAACGCUGACAGAAUCGGCUUCUCUGAGGUGGAGCUGGUACAGAUGGUGGUCGACGGCGUCAAGCUGCUGGUGGAGAUGGAGAAGCGUCUGGAGAAAGGCCAGUCCAUCGACGACCUGAUGCCUGCCCAGAAGUAAAGCAGUCCUCUCCCUCUCUAACCCCACGGCCUUCCCUUAAAACCCUACCCUGUGAAGGAUUGACUGCGCUUCAUGUUUCAGUGUGGAAUUCUGUAUUUAAGGUCUGAAAUGCAAUAAAAACGUUCUGGUUCAAGCUGAAA